AUGCCAACUAGCUUGAUUUCAUCACUAGAAACUUUACCCGUUGAAAUUCUUUAUCAUAUUCUCGAUGAUCUUGAUGCACAAACAAUACUAUUUUCGUUUCGUCAUAUCUGUCGACGAUUUAGAGCAAUUGUUAACAAUUAUGAUCGAUAUAGUCUCAAUUUUGAAUCAAUUUCAAAAUCCGAUUUCGAACGUGUUUGUUACUUAAUUAAUCCUAGACAGGUUACAUCAUUGACACUUCGUGAAAAUGAAGGAGCACCCGAUCAAAUUAAAUUAUUUUUUUCAUAUUUCAAUCUUCAACAAUUUAAUUAUUUACGUUCAUUGUCUCUUUUUAUAAUUGGAGAAGAAAAAUUGCAAUUGAUUGCAAGACAAUGGAAUAUUCGUUUACUUGAAUCACUCUCACUUAAAAUUGAAAAAUCUGAUGAUCGACGUAAAACAACAACAGCACGAUAUCUAUCAUUAAUUAUUGCAAAAUCAAAUCUUUUAAAGCUCAAACUCGAUAUUCAAGCAGGUCGACUCGAAAAAAUAAUUUGGCCAGCUCAAUACUCAAUUCAAUGUUUGAAAAUUACUAGCGUAGUUGCUUUUGAUCGACUUUGUACUAUUCUCAGUUGUUCGCCCCAUUUGAAAACACUAAUGAUAAAUUCUUUUUUUUUUCAAAAUUCUAACCAAAUUAUCUUCACACCUUCACUCACGACACCUUUUCGACAAUUAACUUCAUUAACAUUCGAGAAAUUGGAAACAGGAAUUGAUAAUCUCGAAUUGUUUCUUUCAUUGACAUCUUCGUUGAUUCAUUUGACAGUGGUUGGUGAUGGAAAUUAUCAUGAUGGUAAUCGAUGGGAAUAUUUCAUUCAAUUACAUUUACCUUUAUUAAGUGAAUUUAGAUUUUUCUUUAAUCAAAUACAACAUAUUCAGCACAAUAUCGAAGAUAUUAAAUUAACUAUAGCAUCAUUUCAAACACCAUUUUGGUUAGAAAAUAAAAAAUGGUUUGUUACAUGUGAAUUUGAUAUCAAUACACCAGAAUGUGUUGCAUUGUAUUCAAUACCAAUUUGUGUACCUUUCUUUUCCUACCAUACAAAGAAAGUUUCAAUUUCUACAUAUCCAAAAAUACAUGAUAAGGAUAUAUCUAUAAUGGAUAACGUGCGUACAGUUAGAUUAGAUUUCACAACAUUGCUGCCUUUGGAUGCAGAAGAAAAGGAAAACAAAAUAAAUUAUCCAUUAUUUCGCAAAGUAAAGACACUUGAACUUGAAUUUGUUAAAACUCGACCUCAUGAUUGGAUUAAAUUUAUUUCGAAUCUUAUCGAUCUAACAACUGUUGUUGAAGUCAAAAUUUCAAGUACAUUAAUUCAGAAAUCUGAUCCAUAUAUGCUGAGUGAUAUGGCUAAUCUUCUUAAGCAAACAUAUCGUAUUGCUUCAGUCGAUAUUUGUUCCGGUUUCUUUAGUAGAAAAUCAAGUUUAACUGCUACUGAAAUUUGUUCAAUUUUACCAAUGCAUAUCAAACAAUUGGCGGCAUCAGUAAAAACUUUCAAUGAGAUUAAAAAUAUUAUUGAACGAUUUCAACACUUAUCAAAUGUUAAAUUCUACUUCGAUUACACUCCAUAUGCUAGUGAAAUCUUCAAAUGGUUAGAUGACAAAAGAAAAGAUUCAUCUUAUCAGAUAGAUUCUUUUUCUGUAUGCGUUUGGCUUGGAAAAAAUACAACUCAAAUGAAAGAAGUUAAAGUUGGUGAUAAACGAAUCAAAGUAAGCUAG